GGACUCUCUCUGUCCCUCCCCUGCUUUCAUCUGUCAUCAGUAAGCCACCUCCACCACAUGGAACUGAGCAACAGAACACAAAUUUCAGAAUUUUUUCUUCUGGGAUUUUCAGAAGAACCAGAACUACAGCCCCUCAUAUUUGGGCUUUUCCUCUCCAUGUACCUGAUCACUGUGUUUGGAAAUCUGCUCAUCAUCUUGGCCAGCAGCACAGACCCCAACCUCCACACGCCCAUGUACUUCUUCCUGGCCAACCUGUCCUUUGUAGACAUUUGCUUCACCUCCACCACCAUCCCAAAGAUGCUCUGGAACAUCCAGACCCAGAGCAAAGUCAUAACCUAUGAGGACUGCAUCGCACAGAUGAACUUCUUUAUAAUCUUUUCAGUGUUGGAUGACUUUCUCCUGAGUGUGAUGGCCUAUGACCGGUUUGUGGCCAUCUGUCACCCCCUGCACUACACAAUCAUCAUGAACCCCCAGCUCUGUGGACUCCUGGUUCUGGUGUCCUGGAUCAUGAGUGUUCUGUAUUCCUUGUUACAAACCUUAAUGGUGUUGCGGCUGUACUUCUGUACAGAGGUGGAAAUCCCCCACUUUUUCUGUGAACUCAAUCAGAUGAUCCAACUUGCCUGUUCUGACACCUUUCUUAAUGACAUGAUUAUGUAUUUUGCAACUGUGCUGCUGGGUUGUGCUCCCCUGGCUGGGGUCCUUUACUCUUAUUCUAAGAUAGUUUCCUCCAUACGUAGCAUCUCAUCAGCUCUGGGCAAGUAUAAGGCAUUUUCCACCUGUGCAUCUCACCUCUCGGUUGUCUCUCUAUUUUAUUGUACUGGCCUGGGAGUGUACCUCAGCUCUGCUGCCACCCAGAGCUCCCACUCAAGUGCCACAGCCUCGGUGAUGUACACGGUGGUCACGCCCAUGCUGAACCCCUUCAUCUACAGCCUGAGGAACAGAGACAUAAAGGGCGCUCUGAGGAGAUUCUCUGCAAUGGCAGCUAUAAAAGGGCUAAUUGUCUUGGGCUGA